AUGGUCUUUCGAGAAGCGGGAUCGCCUGCGCAUUCACGUUCUUCACGUCCACGAGAAGCACCGACCGCACAAGUGCCAGCUCUGCGAGAAGUGUUUCAGCCAGUCGUCGAGUCUAAACAAACAUCUUCGAGUGAGUUUGAUAUGCGUUUUUCUGGCAAAUAUUAUCUUGUAAUGAGUUAUCGUCUGAAAGCUGUUGAUGUGUCGCGGAGAGGGGGCAGCCGGUCCUCCGAAUGGCUGCUUCCGGUGUUGUCAGGACUCGGUCUCUGGGUCUACCAAAGCCACGCAGCCAGUCGGGACGUCCAAGAACCUGAGGCCCGAGAAGCGUGGGGCGAUCGUUCGAUAGGAUAA